GUGCUGGCUUCAUGGUGGUGUCUUGCAAGAUUUCAGAUGGCAGUAGCAUGAGUGGAAAAUCCUAUUUUGAGUGUAACUGUUGAGCAAUUAGGAGAAAAAAUGAAGAUCUUUUUUCCAUUCUUUUGGAUCCUGGACAUUUUUCAAUGGACACCUUUUGAUUCAAAUCCAGUUGAUUCAUUUCUCAAGGGACUUAUAGGAGCAUGUGGAGUGUCUAUCUUGUAUAAUCUGAUGAGAGUUUAUAAUUUUAUUCAAGCAUGCAGUGAUUCUGACACUCAAAGUGGAAGUAAGAAGAGCUUGUCCUCAUCAAGAAAACCUUUGAGAAGGAAAUGGAGAGCAGCUCUGCAGUUCUGGUUUCUGACUUGCGUCCUCUCUUUGGUGGGCUUGAGGGUUUCUUCCCUUAUCGUGCUGGAGUUUUCCCUCAGAGCCGUUUUUGCAUUGACCUCAGCAGGACUGGACAAUGGCUCCAGAGGUCUGGAACUGCUCCUAAUCCAGAGUCAGUUCUCACUGGGCUGCAGCCUCACCUGCACUCUGGCCUUCAUCCAUCAGGGGGCUCCACACAGCUCCUUUGGCUUGCUCCUGGCAGCCGGGCUCAGUUGGGCACUGGCAAACUACAGCAGCAGUCUGUGGAGCCAUGUGGCCAGACUGUUCCCGCUGCACAGCACCGAUCGUUACUGCGGGAAGUGCAUCAGCCUUGUAACCUCUGGACACACCAUGCUGGCCUCACUGCAGAGAGUGGUUAUCUUGGCCUUUGCUACAGCAGCUGUGGCUUCCACCACUACGGUUUAUGAGCACUUCUUAUCCCAGAAGGAUGCAAUAAAGUUCUGGACUCCUCUGACACUCUGCUACACUAUGUUGGUGGCCUAUAACCAAGAGGAACAACAACGAUUGACUGUUACAGAGACCCUCCUGCAAACCGUAGUGUUGCGACUGGGAGGCUUGCUGGUGCUCAUGUUGGCAGUGGGAUAUUGGUCAGAUGUUCUUCAUGUCCUCAUUGCCUUUCUGGGAGAAGGAGUCUGUCUGCUGCCUUCUCAGGAUCUGCUGCAGGUUGCACUACAGGACGAACAAGUAAGCCACAAAGACAAACAGAGGUCCUGCCAGAGCUCAAGGAUGAGAGACAAAGUAGAUGACAGUUAACAUGCCAUCCAAACAAAGAGACAUUUUCUAAGAUGACCGUCACUCAACAUCUGUUGUUUCUUCCACAUGUUAUUUGUUUUGGUGGUUCUCCACCAGUUUUCCCCUAUAACAUGAGCUCACAUGAAAACAUUUUAAAUUGUAUUUUAUUGGCCUUAAUUUCGUUUUAAAGGUUCCACUAAUAUGCAGAAUCUUGCAGGAAUCCCUGGUACAGAUGCUUGUAUAGUACAUAAUGAGAAAGUUUCCAAUAAAAAUAACAAUCUCCUAGUUUUAGAGCAAUAAAAAUAACAGGGGACAAAGGUCUUUGAAAGAGUAGCGGAUAUUAUCACUGCAUUAAACUAUGCAACUGUAUAAUAAUUAAAUUAAUCUAUUAUUA